AUGAAGUUCAACGUCACACCUAAACGAGGCGGGGCUCCCAGCUUCCUGUCCAUACAACAAUUGCUCCUACUAGGCUUCGUCGCGCUAGCUACACCCGUUGCGGCGUCCAUUGGCGAUCGGCUACCUGAGUUUCAGGAGUGUAUAAGGGUCUGCGAACGCGAAAACUGCGGUCCGGACGCUGAACACCAAACGCCCAUUCCCCUCCACCGCCGCCUCCUCCUCUGGUCCUGCCCCUCCGAAUGCGACUACACCUGCCAACACCUCACCACCUCCUCGCGCCUCUCCCAAUCUCCUCCCCCCUUCCCUCACCCAGUCGUCCAAUACCACGGUAAAUGGCCCUUUAUCCGUUUUCUCGGGAUGCAAGAACCUCUCUCCGUUCUUUUUUCGCUCGGCAACUUCUGGGCCCACUACCAAGGCCUCUACACCAAAAUCCUCCCCAACAUCCCGCCCUCCUACCCCUUACGGAAAUGGUACAUCCUGCUCUCCUACGUCGGCAUGGCCUCGUGGUUCUUCAGCGCCGUUUUUCACACAAGGGAUUUCCCCGUUACCGAACAACUCGACUAUUUCGCUGCGGGCGCCAACGUUUUGUACGGACUGUAUUAUACGGUUGUGCGCAUCUUUAGGCUGGAUAAGAAGGACACGCCGCGCCGCGAGUCGCUUUUGCGACUGUGGACGGCUUUGUGCAUUUUGAUGUAUGUGGCGCAUGUCACGUACCUGAAGAUGUGGGCGUGGGAUUACACGUAUAACAUGGCGGCCAACGUGGCGGUCGGGGCGGUGCAGAAUCUGCUGUGGAGUUGGUAUUCGUGGACCAGGUACCGGGAGCAGAAGAAGGGGUGGGCGGCGUGGCCGGGUAUUGUGGUGGCGUGGGUGUUGGUGGCCAUGAGUUUGGAACUGUUGGAUUUCCCGCCGCUUUGGGGGAGUGUGGAUGCGCAUAGUUUGUGGCAUGCGGGCACCAUUGUGCCGACGAUUAUUUGGUAUAACAAGUUAGAGCGCUGA